AUGAUCAGCGGGCACGCACCGCUUCGGUUCUCUUGCCACAGCAGCGAGUCGACGCACACGCGUGCCAAGCACUUUGACAUCGCCUCCUCGCGACUCCCAGGGCCCAUUGUGAUGUCCUCUAGCAAGACCCUCAUGCAGCGCAACACGCCUGCCCUCCAGAGUCCGAAGGAAGUAUUUGCAGAACUCAACGCCAUCGCCUUUCAGACACUUCGAUACAUUGAUGAGGUGGAGCAGAUCGAGUUUGACGUCACCAACGUCCGUGAGCACGACGGCAGCAUUAUGGAGGACAAGGAGCGCCUGUUCCUCUCCGUCUGCUGCAGUGUGUUCGCAAACUUCUCCUUCUUCACCUCGCUACGCAUCAACGCGGAGAAGUUCUUGCACUUUCUCCGCAAACUUUUCACGUGCUACCCGCUCGACAACAGCUACCACAACGCUACGCAUGCGGCGGAUGCGCUUCAGAUGAUGUCGCUCUUUUUCAGAGAGCCCACUGUAAACUUCCUUUUCUCCGACGAAGAGAUAGCAAUUUCUUUUCUGGCUGUGCUAGCCGUCGAUGUCGCGCAUCCUGGCGCGUCCGACGCACUCCUGGUCGCCCUGGACCACCCCCUAGCGUCCGUGUUCGGCGACGUCGCGAUCGCCGAGCACGCGUCUCUCCUGGUUUUGACGAGCAUCCUCGUAUUGGAGGACAAUUUCUUCUUCUCAACGCCCGACGAGGCCGUCUCGGUGGACAGCGCCCAUCUCGUGAAGGAAGCACUGUACGACGUGGUGCUGAAUGCAGCACUGCGCAGCCGGCCUUCCCUAAUGUCUGCCUUGCGCGACAUCGAGACGAGCGGUCGCAUAACCGACGCCGAUGCCCCAAAGCUGAUGGCGGCUCUGCUGGUGAUGGCGUGCAACAGCUUUGCAUUUCGCUCGCAGGCGCAGUGCUGCCGAAUGGGCGCGUGGUUUCUCUCGGAGCUCCACCGGGAGGAGUGCGAGAUGGAGCGGCACGGCAUUCGUGUUACUCUGCCCCACGUUGCUGGGGCCGACUGCGCCGCAGUCCUGUCAGACUACAUAAACAUUGUCGUAAAGCCGGUGACGGCGGCUACCCUUGCCCUCGUUCCUACGGAUCUGCAGGACCGUUUGGAGUGGAACGCGGACCUUGUAGACUCGGUAGCUAGCACUGGGGGUUGUGCUUGCAAGGUUGUUGUGGAGAACUCCCUUGCGCAGUGGAUGACGAGCUCGCUGUCUGUGAUGGAGAUACUGAAGAAAGUAGCCACGCACGCAAGCAGCGUGGACCGGAAAGCCUCCAAGUGCGCUAUUCUCAACGCCUCUCCGUCGCGCUCCCAGGGAGCGGCUCCAGGCAUGAUGCGGGCCGACUCGCUUAGUAGCAGCAGCUCCACGUCAGGCUCUAUGAGUGCCGUGAAGCGAGAGGAAGCCACGAGUAACUGCCCGCAGCUCUCGUUUACGUUGGAACCGUGCUCCGCGGCCGGGAGUCCGACGGUGCGUCCCGGCCGGUCGGAGCACUACUUCUCCUUUCUGCGCCUCUACGACAAGUGCGAGCGCGCGGGAGAAUCAGCAAAAGACUUUCUGGGGCAGCUUAUCUUUCUUGCGCUGCAGCUUGAUCCCCGCUACAUCGCUGCCUAUGCGCGAAAGGGGUACGGAGAUGACUGCUGUGGUGCCGAAUGUGCCGAAAUGGGGCUCUUGAUCAGCAAAAUGGAGGAGGCACCUUCCACAGCCGAGGUGAUCGCCAGCCGCCCUCCUGGUGGGUCCUUCUCGAAUCAUGUUGCGGACGAGAUCGACUACACGGACAGUUUUAUUUUGUUUUUGAUGGACAUGUACUGCUCCCGUGAGUCGGCGCUAGCGGAGAUGGAGUCGGUGGUGCCGGUAAGCGACAAGGCGAAGACAUCGCCGCCGGCAGAACCCGCCGCUCCCAAAGCUGCACCACAGUUUCAGCAGAAGUCGCCCAUUAGGAUGCCGGUUAACACGGAGAGCAAAAACACAGGCACUAGGUUGCGACUAGUGCCAUAG